AUGGAUAUAUUCAAACAACUCUCUCCCAAUGAUGUUAAUAUUGGGAAUAAUUUUGCUACGCUCACUUCAGCAAUAGAGGCAAAUGGACUAACAGUUGUUGAUCUUUUGUCUUCGAUUCAUUUGUCAUCAAGCUCGAACCUCCCUCAACUAUCUAAGAGAUUGGGCAGAUCAAUUAGAGAAGUGGAGGAAUUUUUGAAUAUCUUGAAGAAUGAAUGUAUUGAAGCAUCAACUCAAUGUUGUUUGAAAGACAGAUUCGGUGAGAAGCAUAUACAAGAUCAUUUUAUACUGACUGGCCUUGAAACUUUGGAUCGACAAUUGAAUGGGGGAAUUCCAUUAGGUGAAAUAACUGAAAUAUUUGGAGCAAGUGGCUGUGGAAAGUCACAGUUUCUUCUUCAGCUAUCCAUAUAUACACAAUUGUUUGGCGAUCCGCAGAAUAAUCAAUGCAUUUAUAUUUCGACUGAAUCUCCAUUAGAAACAAGACGACUUCAGGACAUGAUAGACCAUCACAAUUCCAAGUCGGAUAAAAAAGUUCUGAUGGAUAAUAUUUCUUGCAUUUACUGCCAGGAUAUUGAAAAUCAAGACCAUACCCUUUUCACACAAUUACCGGUGAAGCUAUCUCAGGAGAAAGGUAAAGUACGAACCAUUAUAAUUGAUAGCAUAUCUCAUCACCUAAGGAUGGAAGAAGCUGUAACAAACACAAGCUACAUAAAUGAUCAUAUAAAGGCACAAGAGGAAGCUUUGACUGAUUGUAAAGAAUAUACAGAAGUUAAAGCCAAGCUUGACCAGCAAGUUAAAGCAUUUUUUAAGUCCACACCCAAAUAUCAAAAUAGAAUUGCAAGAACACAAUACUUGAUGUUGUUGCAUCGUCACCUAUUAUCUAUUGCCAAAGAUAAUAAUAUUGCUGUCAUUACAGCCAACCAGGUGAGUGAUUAUCCCGAGAAUAUUAAAGACUUAAGUGGCUAUGAAUAUGCAGACGAUAGCCUUAAUCUUGAAUACCAGUUGGGUCAAUAUUCGGGUUGGGACAACAAAUCAAUAUUUAAACAUCAACAGCUUUUCCUGCAAAGCAAAGAAUUAAUCAGCUCUAAGGAGUCCGAAUUAGCUUAUUACGAACUUCUGAGAUCUAUAGAUCAGAUCAACAAUCUAAACAAACGGCAAAAGACAGGAAUACAUCUAAACGAAUCAGAAAUAGACCCCCGGUACCAUAAGCAUAACAACUCUUCGGUUAUUGAUGAUCAAUAUUCUAACCAAGAAGACCUUAUUGAUAAGCUACAUAAGUUAGAAAACUGUGAUACUAAGAAAAUUGUGCCCACUCUUGGUUAUCAAUGGGGAAAAAAUAUGGUUUCUCGUUUAAUGCUCAUGAAAACGUAUAGACCCCUACUCAAAGAUAAGGCUAUUCUUGCAGAUACAUAUCAGCCAGUUGAUCCAGAAUCAAGAUUAACCUACGAUUCUUUGUGUGAGGGCUUUAACUUACCAACCCAAACUGAAGGAAGCAUGAAACGUAAAGCUGACAACGACAAUCCUGAAAACAAACAAAAAAAUAACACUAUUUAUGGUGUCGAAUCGCUUAUAGAUGGAUGGUCUGUUGAAAGAUAUGUAAAGGUAGUAGCAUCCCCGUACGACCUGGUAAGUCUGAAUGGUGUGUUCAAUGAAAAUCGUAAAAUUCCUUUCCAAAUAACUACAAAUGGAAUCACUCAAAUAUAA